AUGAUGCCGAUGAAGAACAGCCCUUUGCACAGAACCCGUUUGGGCAUGGCUGAGCCUGGUUAUUACAGAGCACCCUCUAAAGUGGUUUCCAUCCCGGUUCACUUUGUGGGUUCAGAGCACACCAGAACCGAUUCUGCCAUAAAGAUUCAGAGGAUAUUGAGAGGGUUCCUUGUGAGGAACGUGAUGAAGAAGAUCGCCGCCAUGGGGGUGGAGUUGGAGCGGAUCGAGAGUGAGAUUCAAGUGGAAGUGUUGAGGAGGGACCAACGAGAGAGGGUGAGGGUGACGGAGACCAUCAUGAACUUGCUUCUUAGGCUGGAUUCUGUUCGGGUAUUGCACUACUCUGGCCUCAGGGAGUGCAGAAAGUCUGUCAUAAGAAAGGCUAUUGCUCUUCAAGAAAUGCUUGAUGACAUGGCAGUUCCUAAUUCUGAGGGUGUGAAGGUGGAGGCUACAGGGAAUGAGGAGGAGGAGAAAAAAGAGAAGGAGGGUGAAUGUGUGGUGGGAGAAGAUAAUUGUUUGGUGAAGGAAGAGCAAGGUAAUGGAAUGGAAAAUUUGAGGAAUGAGGGGGUAGGAAAAGAGAGUGGGGGGAUGGAAGAAGAAAGUAUUGGGUUAGAAACAAGUUUGGUUGAGGGAAAAGAGAGUGAAAUUACAUGUGAGGAGCAAGAGGAGGGUGAGGAAAUUGAAGCUUUAAGGAUUAAGGAGGUGGAAGAGAAGGAGGAUGGUGAGGUAGGACAGGGUUUGGUUGGGGAGAAUUGUUUGUUGAAAGAGGAGGAAGGGAAUUGUGAAAGAGAGGAAGGAAACGAGAAGAGGGAGUUGUUGUUGGAGAAGAUUCUGGAAGACAACAAGAAGAUGAUGGAGAUGAUGGCGCAGCUUUUUCAGAGGAAUGAGAUACAGACUACACUUCAUACCUCUCUCUCACAGAGGGUGGAGCAGCUUGAGAGAGCCUUUGUUUGUGAGAAACUGAGGAGGAAGAAAAAGUGCAAGUCUGAUCGAAAACAUAAACAAAAUCAUCCUAGAAAUGACUUCAUCUGA